AAGGCGGGGCGGCUGCAGCAGGAGUUGCUACCGCCCCUGCUAAGGCCCGGAGGCAAGCCGCCCCAGCAGCAGCGGCAGACUAGGCCGCGUCUCUCUCCCGCGAGGACGGGACUCCACUUCCCAGCAUUCCACGGGGGGCGCAGGGCAGGCCGGGCGCCGUAGUCCGCUCCAGGCGGAAGGGCCCGGCCGGUGGCUCCCGCGAGACGCGCCUUCCCAGCAGCGCUCAGGGCCCGGCGUCUGCUGACGUGGCGCGCGGCCAUUGGAAGGGCGGCGAAGGGGGCGGAGCCUGCGCACGCGGCAGCAGCUGUUCUGUUGCGACAGAAGGGAAAGUGCGCCGGGAAGGAAGGAAGGAAGGAAGGAAGCCGGGCGGCAGGCAGCGCGAGCCCCGCAGAGGCCGGCCGAGCGCGGAGCCCCCCGAGCCAGCCAGGCCGCAGCAGCCCCCCAAGGGCAGCAGGAGGCCGCCGCCGCGAUGCCGUCGGACCUGGCCAAGAAGAAGGCGGCCAAGAAGAAGGAGGCGGCCAAGGCCCGGCAGCGGCCCCGCAGGGGCCCCGAGGAGGACGGCGACGCCCUCGCCGCCUGCGGCCAGGAGCCCAAUGGCACCGCCACGCGGCCCGAGGACGACGACGAGGAGGCGCUGGCGGCAGACAUGGACGCCGUCACGAGGGCCAUGGAGGAGUUUGAGCUGAAGAAGGCGGCCGCCCGCGCCGUCACGGGGGUUCUUGCCUCCCACCCCAACAGCACUGAUGUCCACAUCAUCAACCUCUCGCUCACCUUCCACGGGCAGGAGCUGCUCAGUGACACCAAACUGGAGCUCAACUCUGGCCGGCGCUACGGACUCAUCGGCCUGAAUGGCACAGGGAAAUCCAUGCUGCUGUCAGCAAUUGGGAAGCGGGAAGUGCCGAUCCCGGAGCACAUUGAUAUCUACCACUUGACGCGUGAGAUGCCUCCCAGUGACAAGACACCCCUCCAGUGCGUGAUGGAGGUGGACACAGAAAGAGCCAUGCUGGAGAGGGAAGCCGAGCGGCUGGCCCACGAGGACGCUGAAUGUGAGAAACUAAUGGAGCUGUACGAGCGCCUGGAGGAGCUGGAUGCUGACAAAGCCGAGAUGAGGGCCUCCCGUAUCCUCCAUGGCCUCGGCUUCACCCCCAUCAUGCAAAGGAAAAAGCUGAAGGACUUCAGUGGCGGCUGGCGGAUGCGGGUGGCUCUCGCCAGGGCUCUCUUCAUACGCCCCUUCAUGCUGCUGCUGGAUGAGCCCACCAACCACCUGGACCUGGACGCUUGCGUGUGGCUGGAGGAAGAGCUGAAGACGUUCAAGCGCAUCCUCGUGUUGAUCUCGCACUCCCAGGACUUUCUGAACGGCGUCUGCACCAACAUCAUCCACAUGCACAACCGCAAGCUCAAGUACUACACGGGCAACUAUGACCAGUAUGUCAAGACUCGCCUGGAGCUGGAGGAGAACCAGAUGAAACGGUUCCAUUGGGAGCAGGAUCAGAUUGCCCACAUGAAGAAUUACAUUGCGCGCUUCGGCCAUGGUAGUGCUAAGCUAGCCCGCCAAGCUCAGAGCAAAGAGAAGACGCUCCAGAAGAUGAUGGCCUCUGGGUUGACUGAGCGGGUGAUCAGCGACAAGACCCUUUCGUUCUAUUUCCCGUCGUGUGGAAAGAUUCCACCUCCAGUCAUCAUGGUGCAGAACGUGAGCUUCAAGUACAGCAAGGAUGGGCCCUGGAUCUACAGCAACCUGGAGUUUGGGAUUGACUUGGACACACGGGUGGCUCUCGUGGGGCCCAAUGGGGCUGGCAAGUCGACGCUGCUCAAGCUCCUCACAGGGGAGCUCCUGCCCACCGACGGAAUGAUCCGCAAGCAUUCACAUGUCAAGAUCGGCAGGUAUCACCAGCACUUGCAAGAGCAACUGGACUUGGAUCUCUCCCCGCUGGAGUACAUGAUGAAGUGCUACCCUGAGAUCAAGGAAAAGGAGGAGAUGCGGAAGAUUAUUGGCCGCUACGGGCUGACCGGGAAGCAGCAGGUGAGCCCGAUCCGGAACCUGUCGGACGGGCAGAAGUGCCGGGUGUGCUUUGCGUGGCUGGCCUGGCAGCACCCCCACAUGCUCUUCCUAGACGAGCCCACCAACCACCUGGACAUCGAGACGAUUGACGCCCUGGCGGACGCCAUCAAUGACUUCGAGGGGGGCAUGAUGCUCGUGAGCCACGACUUCCGGCUCAUCCAGCAGGUUGCCCAGGAGAUCUGGGUGUGUGAGAAGCGCGCCAUCACCAAGUGGCAGGGCGACAUCCUCUCUUACAAGGAGCAUCUCAAGUCCAAGUUGACAGAGGAGGAGCCACAACUCCCCAAGAAGGCCCACAACAUGUGAGCACUGCGGGGGUCGGUUGGCUCUUGCCCCAGAGACUGGUGGGAGCCCCCAGCCUGGCCAGCCCACCCUGCUGCCUGGGGAACAAGCAGGCCGCUGCUGCUCCCUCCCCCCCCCCCUUCUCUCCGGGUCCUCCUUGCAGCUCCUUCCCUUCACCACCACCACCUGCAGCAACAACGCAACCGACCUCUGGCGUCUGCAUCUGGACAGCGCGCCUCUCCUCUCCACCUGCAGAGGGUGCUUCCCCCAGGCCUGGAUUUCCAUCCCUCCAGGUCUUGAAAGGGGGCCAGCUUGCUGGAAGGCCUGGCUCCCUACCUGGCUUCAGGCUCCUUGCUUCACUCCAACCUCCUUCGGGCCUCUGUUUGUUUUUAACAAUUUAUUUAUCAAUGUAAUUGCCAGACCUGCCUGAGAAUUAUCAGUCAAUAAAUUGGGGGUGGGGGGAGUUCUUUGCACAGUGGUGGUGCCUGCCUCUUGGAGUGAGCUGGAGCCGUCCAUUGCUCUGUACAAUGCCAGGCGGGGUGGGAGGGGUCCUGCAUGGAGCCACCGGGGGUGGGGGGAGGCCAAGGCCCGGCCUCUCGCUGCUUCUGAGUUGGAUGCCAGAACGACCGGCAGCCCUGAGAUCUGAACCAUGUCUAUAAAGAAAGCAUUUUGAAGUCAAUGGUUUAAAAAUAUAUGUUGAUUCUUCAUGUU